AUGUCUGGAAGCCAUUUCAUUGUGUUCAAUGCAUUCCACAUUUGUUUUCGAUCUAGCGGUAUGCGCAUCGCGUUGACUGUAGGCGGAGGGUUGAUCGCCGGUGUUUUUGUUCGUCGUGCUUCGCAUGCUGCACCAAUUCAUCCAUGCAUCGGUGCGGGCCCCCCUUUCGGGAUGCUCCUUAAGUGGUCCUCUCUGGCGUAUCGGGUUCCCUCUCCUCCUUCUUCCUUUCUCGACGCCCGUGGCGCUGUCGGCGCAGACACGUUGUAUCUGCCUAGUUUUAUUGCUAUGUCUCUCCUGUCUCUCACUACUCGCCUUCCGCCUCCUCUUCUUGCUGUGCCCGCAGAUCUGGGUGGCACUUUCGGGGCAGCGGCACGCAGUCGUGUCAUGCAGGUGUCCAGCGAGUCUUGGGGCACUCCUGUGACAGCUGCUUGCAAGGAAAUGGGCAUUUUUACUCGCGACAAGCCGGACACAUUUGUUGUCGCAUGGAGGAUGGCGGUUGCCCCCGACCCUAUGGUGCACUUGCACGCAAGGGAGGGGAAUAUUGCAGAUCCCGACGGCAAGAACGCGGCGGCCAAGGGUGCGGCGUUCGACAGCACGGUCGUUGAGUGCGGUCAGGCCGACGGCAUGGCCGAGGUGCCAUAUUGCCUCUCCCGGUUGGGUGUGGACGUGGACGAUAGGUUUUGUCCAUGUGGGAUGAGGGUGAGACGCAUUGUUAAAAAUCACAGCACGAUCCAGAAGUUGCCAAACGAGAAGCGAGGUCUGCCAAGCUCCAGGUCUGCCUCGCACCCCCAGCAGCAAGGAACCCCCAGCGCCACUACAGCGGCUCGAUGGCAGGGCUGUGGUCGUCGACGAGACCGCCAGCAGCCAGGUGGAGUACCGCCAACUGUCCAUGGUCAGAUGCAUCUCGAAGGGAUCGACAGCCGUAGGAGCAAGGGACCCUGCGUCGGCGGGGCUUCGAAGCUGGGCAAAAUGGACUUUGGGCGAUACCAUGUAGAAUCGGGCGGCCAGAGACCAAAGGGGCUUGAUACCCACAUUCUAUAUACUGGAAGAGAUAGAAGACACCGCCAGGCGUGGACCUGUUCAUUCGGGGGGACGGGCAGGUAG